GCCCCUCUCCCGCUAGUAUUCUCUCUUCCAUCUUCCUCUCGCCCAUUCUAUUUAUAGCUCGUUUUCGUUGGUCUCGAAAGCUAGAAUCUACCCGAGUUGGGGUUGGGUUUGGAUUCGGCUCUCGCUGAUAUCGGUCCUUCUUCCUCCGUCCCUUCAGUUCAUUCCACGGGCGAGAAGGGAGGGAGAGGGGAGGAGAGAGAGAGAGAGAGGAAGGGGCGUUUUGGGAGAGGAUUGUUUUGGUUCGUGGGAGGGAGAGGGAAAGAUGGUGUCUUCGGUGUCGCGGCAGGGGAGGCAAUUGCAGCGGUACAGCAGGAGCGGGUCCCGGCUUGUCGUCGGAUGCAUUCCUUACAAAUUCGACAUCGACAAGUCAUGUGGUGAUGAUCUCGAUCAAGUGAUGGAGGUCCUUGUCAUUAGUUCUCAAAAAGGAUAUGGGAUGAUGUUCCCCAAGGGUGGCUGGGAAAUUGAUGAAACUAUCAAACAAGCAGCCUCACGGGAGGCACUGGAGGAGGCUGGCGUCCAGGGAAAUGUUGAGCGUAGACUCGGUCGAUGGAAGUACAAGAGCAAAACACAGGAUGCAUUUUGUGAGGGUGUCAUGUUCCCUUUGAAUGUGACAGAGGUACUAAUGGACUGGCCUGAGAUGGAUGUGCGCGAACGAAGAUGGGUGACUGUGGCUGAAGCAAGAGAGGGAUGUGAGCACUUGUGGAUGAAAGAAGCCUUGGAGAGAUUGGUGACAAGGCUAUCAAAUUCUACCAGAAAUAGAACUACUUCAAUGGCAUAGCAUAUCUUGUUCAGCAACAAUAAGAUCUUCCAUUUUAUCGAAAGGACAAAAUCUUCGCGACAUCAAGGAGGAGGAUAAUUUGACACAUGGGAAAAUAAGUAGAGUUGGAAAUAAAGCAGAAAAUGUAUAUUUUGACAUUUUGAACUAGGUUUAGCAGAGCACUAUCCAUUUUUUUAUUCUUUUACUCUGAGAAUUUUUUUUCUUAAUCUACAAAUAGAGAACUUUUUCCGUUCAGUUGACUCCAUCUUUCUUACAUCAAUCCAUGCCCACCUUUUGGUAGGAGUUGGUCCGGUAAAGUUGAUGGACAGCAUAAAGCAGUGAAAUGUGUGUGUAUCAGUCUGUACCUUCCUUUUUACCAAUAUGCUUUGCCAGAAAUUCAUAUUUGUCUUCAA